CAGCAGCAACAACUAGCAACUAGCAGCAGCAGCAGCAGCAACGAGCAAGCAGCAACCGAUAAGCGAUAGCGACAGCAAUCGAUUGUUGAUUUGUAAAUAAAGCUAGGGCAACAGCAAACAAACAACUUUGGAGGACGCCAUGUAUGCGCAACAUGUGCGCAAAUGGAGUCUAAAAACGCAACCGCAACUAAUGCCAUUGAUAUCGCUAGCAAUCUACGUCAGCAACAUGUUGCUAUUGAUCACAUGUGCGCCGACGACAACAGCAGCAGCAACAACAACAACCACACAGCGGCAGCAGCAGUUGCAGCAGCAAAGAUUAUGGGAAUCAGAAGAAAGUAGCUACUAUAUUGCACUACCACAGCAGCAACAGCAGCAGCAGCAGCUGGCGGACAAUGGCAGAGGGAGCAGUGAAAGCGUCGGCAUUAGCAGCCGCAGCAACAUCGACAACAAUAUCUUAAGUAGGCUGUUUAAUCGGCCCAGCAAUAGUCUUAGUAGCACUAGCAACAUUAAGUUAAGGCCAGCAACAGUAUUCGAUGCGGCUGUACAGCAACAACAGCAGCAACAGCAGCAUAUUGCUGCGGUGACAACGCAACAGUCACAACAGCAACAAGUUCCAAAUACGCUAAUAAAUAGUCAAAUAUAUAAAUUAUUAUAUAAUGGCAUGCCCAGCGUUUCAACGAGCAGUAAAACGCGACGACAUGCGCAACAACAGCAGCAGCAACAACAACUCAGCAGCUCGGCGCGGCAGCAGCAGCAACCUGCACAGCAGCAGCAACAGCGUCGAAAACAUCCCGGCAAACAUCGGAGAUACAAACAGCCGUAUUGUUCUGCCCACGAUCCCGCCCAGUUGGCGUAUGCGGCGCCCACCGUCUUCCGUGGUGUCUUCACCUCAAUGACGGCGGAUCGGCGGGCGAACUUCUCGGCGACGAUGAAGGUGCUGUAUGUGUACAAGCAGCAAAGGGACCUGCAACUGCCACAGCUCGUCCGGCUGCAGUUCGCGCUGAGCAACAGCAGCGGCGAAUGCGACAUCUAUCAGGAGCAAUUGUUGCCGCGUGGCCUGGUGCGACGCAACAAACUGGAGCAGUCCUCGGACAUCAGCUACAUGAUGUUCGUCCAGCAAACGAAUCCCGGCAACUUCUCCAUUCUCGGACAGCCAAAACGCGUCACGGCUCGGGUGCUCAAAUCGGUCCAAAAGGCUGUGAAUGAAACUUAUGCACAGAACGCAUCGAUCAAGUCGAUCAAAUGGACGUCGAGCAGCGGCACGAUGAGGAAUGGCCAGGAGCUAACAUCGACAUCGACGAUAACGCCGAGCAACGCAACGAUGCAGAAUGGGGAUGAGCUGCGCAUCAUAUGCGAGGUGAGGGGUGAGCCGCCCCCAAAGGUGACCUGGUUCAAGGACGACAAGUCGAUAAAUCGCAAACGCCGUGUUUACCAAUUUAAGCAUUUCAAAAGACGUUCCGUGCUGAUUGUGCGCUCCUUUAACGGUUCCACCGAUGCGGGCAAAUACGAGUGCCGUGCCAAGAACAAAGCCAGCAAAACUAUCGACAAGCGACGCAUCAUGAUCAAUGCUCAUCUAGUUCCGAUGCGACCGGAUCAGCACAGCAUGGGCUAUGGCUAUCCAUGUGAACUUGAGAAUAUAUGCUUUCACGGCGGCACCUGCAUGAUAAUACCGGAUCUAACUCAGUUCUAUUGCAAUUGCCCGGAAGGAUUCAAUGGCGUGCGCUGCGAGUUCUCCCGUCCAGACAGUACGUACAGCAAUAAUCCCGAAUGUGGCAACAAGUAUUAUGGAGGUUCCACCUACAAAAUGGCCUACGGCAAAAAUUACAAUCGAUGGAUGAGAAGAAGUGCAAAAUAGACGGCUAUCCCAUACCAACUACCUGCACUUGCCAGCUAUUGGAUCUCAUGCUUAGUUAUAGUU